CUUACCUGUCCAGGUAGUUCGCAUUUCUCGGAGAACGGCGGCGCCCCCAGCACCUGUCGCCCGGUGCGCGGGCGGGGAGGACGGCGCGGGGCAUGGCCUGGUAGAGGCCCCCGGGGAGACGGUGCGGAGUCCAGUCCCGAGCAGGGCAGGCGAGGGAGGGACGGUCCUCCCCCGGCGCCCGCGCGGCCGGCGGCAGCAUGAAAAAGAACCCGACGGUGCAGGGCACUUUCAGCAAACUCUUCGGCAAGAAGCAUGCCACCCCGCCCGCCACCUCCCUCUACGCCACCAACCCUCCCUGGAUCUUCACCCAGGAGGCCCCGGAGGAGGGGACCCGGGGCUUCGAUGGGAUCUAUUAUGGAGACAACCGGUUUGACACUGUGAGUGAGUCGGGAACCGCCACACUGAAAGCUCGGCCAAGAGUCCGGCCCCUGCUCACCUUUCUUCCGUUGGAUGCCCAGGAGAACCAUGGACUGGCUGUACCCACGCCCUGUGUGCCAGACAGCUUUGCAGACAAACAAGUGACAGGCACCAGCACGCUCGUCAAUGGCAACCUCCGACUAUACAGCUCUGUGGGGGACCUAAGGCCUGGGCACUAUGGCCAGGACUUACUCAUCCCCCCACCUCCCCCGGGCCCCGCGCCGGCGCCACCCCUAGGCGCUCUGCAGCCUCCAGAGUUCUCACCGCCACCUCCACCCUCCACAGCUCCCCCACCUCCUCCCCUGCUGGAAUCACCACCCCCACCCCCACCCAGCACGGCCCCAGCUCUGCCCCCAGGAAUGGGGGCCCUUCCCCCGCCACCCACCGUUUCCUCCCCAUCCACACCCACGCCUCCUGACUUCAUUCCGCCCGCCCCACCCCAGGCCGUUCAAGCCCCACCUCUACCCCUCUUGCCAGCCCUGACACCCCCAGCCCCAGGGACUCCUCAUACCAUGGGGACACGCCUCUUCCCCGCUGGGGGUGUCACCAAGUGGAAAUCGGAAGUGGCGCUGAAUGGCAGGCAGCCAGAGGCCCCCAGAAGCAGCCCCCCCAGGAGCCCUGCUGAGCCCACGGAGGCCCUCCCAGGUCCGGAGUCCCACCUCACCUUCCCCCGGUCAUUCAAGGUGCCUCCCCCAACCCCAGUCAGGACUUCGUCCAUCUCUAUUCCAGAGGCACAGGGGACUCCUCCUGAGGACGAAGAGUCCACCAAGAAGGGCCCCAUUCGACCCUCACUGCCUCCCAGCUUCCAUAUCCGCUCUGCGUGCCAGGCCUACCCCGACAAGGCUGCUGAGCUAGCGCUCCCCAAGGAGCCCGGUGCUGUGGCACCGGCCGGUCCGAGGCUGGGCCAGCCUCAGGUCCAGAGCAGUGAACAAGCCGAGACACCACCUCCAGCCCCUCCCCUGCCCCCUCCUGCACCCCCACUCCCUCCGCCAGCACCCCCGCUGCCCCCAGCCGCCCCUCCUCUGCCACUUGCCGAGAAGGCAGCCCCUGCACCUGCUGGCUUGAUGAAAAGACCCAAGUCUGGCUCUCCUGCUCCCAAACCCAAACCUGAACCCCCCAGCCCGGAGGAGACAGCCUCUUCGGAGCCCAUGGACUGGCGGGACCCCAGCCAGAUGGCAAAGCUGCGGGACCAGCUGUCAGCCUAUCUUUGCGGCUCCAGGAGAGAGGACCGGCUCGCCAGUCACAGACCAGGUCCAACAGCAGCCUCUCAGGAAAGAGAGGACCACAAGCAUCCCAGCUUGCCUGUGAAAGAGGCGCCCCCAAGUCUGCUACAGAAGGAGGUUCCCCCAAGCCCUCCAGAGAAGGAGGCCCCCUCAAGUGUUCCUGAGGAGAGUCCCUGCAGCUGGCCAAAGAAGGCUGCCACCAGCCUGACCCUCCCUCCUGUGGACUACCUCCCCCAAGACGCGCCAACUCCUAGCGUCUGGGAGAUCCGGAAGAAGCUGGAGGCCCAGCUUUCCUCAUUAGCUGAGAAGGAGGCCAGGCCCAGCAGAGGGUCUCUGCCUCCCAAACCUCAGCCAGAAGGGGGAAGAAUCUUUGAAAACAGAGAUGAUAACAGCAAAUUCCCCAAGCCUGUGGCCAAGAAUCUGCCACCUCUAUCCACCACCCCUCUGCCAAACACACCACUCCAGUCCAAGGUCACAACUGGACCAGCCACCUCACGCAAGGCCACACCUGAACCAGCUACACCACCCAAGGCCACGCCCAGGCCAGCCACACCAUCCAAGGCCACGCCCGGGCCAGCCACACCACCCAAGGCCACGCCCGAACCAGCCACACCACCCAAGGCCACGCCCGGACCAGCCACACCACCCAAGGCCACGCCCGGACCAGCCACACCACCCAAGGCCAUGCUUGGACCAGCCACACCACCCAAGGCCAUACUUGGACCAGCCACAACACCCAAGGCUGUACCUGGACCAGCCACAACACCCAAGGCCGUACCUGGACCAGCCACAACACCCAAAGCCACGUCUGGACCAGCCACACCACCCAAGGCCACACCUCUACCCAUCACAUCUUCCCAACUGAUAGCAGAAAAGAACCUGGUCCCAGCUGGGCAGUGGGAGAAGCCAGAACAUGAAGAACUUGCAGUGCCCUCCAAGCCAGAGGUAGAGGGGCACUCCUCAGAGACCAGUAAGCCUCCUACACAGGGAGUCCUCUCAUCUCCAGCCUUCCCCCCAAAGAUAUCACCUGGGCGAGAAGAGGUGCCAUGUUUCUACAAGCCCCAUUGCAGCCCGAACAGCUCCAGCAGAGAGGUGGCUGUGGUGAUGCCCACCCUGUCCAGAGGAGAAGCUGCAGGGUCAGGCAAGCCUGUGGAGGUGAAGGAGCCCCAGGAGCUGCCACCCAAACCCCCGGUCUCAUCCCAGGCUGCUGACGAACUCCUCAGGCACCCGGUGACGGGGGAGGUGGUGGAGAGGGGCUCCCCUAUGGCCCUGCUUCUUGCGGCCAAGCAGAGGGCCCAGAAAGGGAGGCCCAGGGGGCCUGCCCUGGGCCGGUCCUCCCUGCCAGGGAGUCUCCAAGGCCCCAGCCAGGCCAAGGCAAGGUCUGAUACCAUCUUGUACAAUGAGGGCCAGCCCAGCUCCUUCACUGUGGUCCCCAAGGUGUCCAAGGAGACUGAGAAGGUCCCCCAGCAAACCUCGCCAGGACAACCCAAAGAACUCUGUCAGUGGGAACUCCAGCCCCGCAGGGACCCAGAGGACACGGAGUCGUGCCGCGGGCCCAGCUCGAUGAAGGUGAAGCCCCAGGCCUCCGCGGCCUGGGAGAGACCAGCGCCCUCCAGCCUCCUCCAGGGUCGCCUGCUGCCCAAGUCUUUCUCGUCCCCUCCUUCUCCUUCCCACAAGCCGGAGGAAGACAAGGAGGAGGAGUUCAACUUUGAGGUCAUCCCGCCGCCACCAGAAUUCAGCAAUGACCCCAAGCCCCCGGCCGCCCCCUUGCAGUAUCUGGGGCGCCGGGGUUCCCCUCCCCGGAACAAUUACUCAGACUUGGGGCAGCCCGCGAAUGCGGGCCCACCUCGCGUCUUCUCUCAUUUCUCUGCGGAUCCAGGUCCGGCCCGGGGCCUGGAGCGCUUCUCCGGCGUGGGUGGGGGCCGCUCGCUCAUCAAGAAGCGCCUGUACGUCGGGGAGUCCCACCGCAACCCAGGGCCGCCCCGCGGCGGCACCGGCCGCAGCCUGAGCUUCCCCAACUGCUUCGGGCCGCAGCCCGGGGGCCCCUUCGCAGCGCCCAGCGGCCCGGAGAUGCGGCGCGUCAACUCGGCGGGCCGCGGGCCCCCCGGCGGCCUGCACUCGCGGAAGAUGCCCCUGGAGGGCGCCCCUCGCGGAGAGGCCAAGUACAAAGCUCUCGGCGGCGGCGGCGGCGGCGGCGGCGACUACGGCUGCGCCCAGGCUACCGGCAGGUCUCCCCACAACAACACGCACUACGGAAGCUCCAUCAACACAUUCACUGUGAGGCCUGGGACCCGCCAUCCCAUCUCCUAUGCCUACUCAGGGGCCCAUUGGAAGGCCCCGUCCUGAGCUCAGGGUUUUCUCAGCUCUCCUGCAAGGGGUCGGAUCCAGGCGCUUGUUUUGGUGGAGUUGGGAGAGAUGCAACUGGUGUUAGGUGGCCUCACUCAGACACAGAAGAGUCUUUGUUUCCCAAAGACAGAUGGACAACGAGUGAAGCCUUGGCCCCAGGAAGAUCAGGAUUGGACUUCUGUUUCCCAUAGCCUUGGUGUGGCUGUGGACUGUCUGCAGAGGAGGGUGGGAGGGAGGAGAAGGGAGAAGAGAAAGAACCUUUAAGGACCCAGAGCCUGAGUUUUCACUAUCUGGGACUAUUUGCUUUAGUAGGGCUUACUGAAAGCAGUUUUCCAAGCAGCCCUGCUGAGCAGGUUCUAAAAGCAAGGACAGGGGCACUGGCUCCGAAUGGGAACCCAAUGGGAACCCAUCAGAAUGGCUGUGGUUGCCGGUCAGGCUCUCAUGAGGGGCUGGGGACCAGCUCUGUCUGGGUGGGGGUGCAGGGUGCUACAGGUUGCUCUCAGCUUCCACCUGUCCACCAGUUGCCAAUCCAGAGGUGAUACCUGGGGUUGCUGGUAUGAAAGCCACACUGAGGUGGGAUCAGGAAUAUGCGGGCACAACAAGUGGGGAAGGUACCGGAACAAAGUGCUUUGCACUGACCAUGAGUGGGGAUGGGGGAAUUGGUGGUUCAUUUCUCCCUGGCCUUGAGCUACAGAAGGGCCUAGAGAGGGGAGACUUGGCAAGUUUGGGAUGGAAGGCACGGUGGAGGCUUGCUUUUCUACUCAGACCCAGGCAGCCAUGAUUUGGGGGGUUGGGCCCAAGGAGCCAGAAAGCCUGGGGCUUGACACCAAAGGCCUUGAGUGGUGGUCAGGUCCUGUAUGGCAUUUGGAGGGGCAUCAUCCCAACCACCCCUCCCAACCCCAGGACUACAGGUCCCCAAUAUUAUUGAGGCCUUGUGAUGUGUAACCAAGAUGCCAGAAGGCCUUGGAGAGUAGAAGGCGACAGAGAUGGGAAUAGAGGUCUGAGAAGAGUUUGCUGCGAGUAGGGACCGUGAUUUGGAAAGUCAAGAGUGCAGGACCAGGCCCAUUCAGAGCAGGGAAGCCUGAUCAGUAGGGUGACCAUUUGUUGUUUGGUGGGAAGUCUGGGUUUAGGCCUGUUUUCCAGUGAAUUAGAACCCCUUCCACUUUCAAAAAAAGUCCUGGUGUAGAUGGUGUCUGGCCAUCAGACAUAUCAGGGAACAGUAUUCCUUGGUCCAUCUUGUCUUCAGGUCUUGCAGGGUUGAACUCUUGCGGGCCAGGCCAAGGCAGGCUGCCUGGGUGAGGGGAUAGGGCAGGGGGAGCCCACCUCAGAAGAGCAGGCUGGUGGGGGCACCCAGGAAGCAGUUCCCUUUGGGGGCACGAUGUUGGACCUCUGUGAUGUGUGCUAACCACUCACAGUACCAGGGUAGAGGGUAGCAGAUGACCACUUCAGGGAAAGAGUGCUGGGGUGGGCAGGUGCUCUGAUGGGGCAGGAUCUGGUCACCUGUGUCUGAAAGGCCAACCGCACCCCAGUGCCAGCACUGUCUCUAUAUAUAUGUAUGUAUUUCUCCCUGUACAAUGUUUUAUACAAGAUUUCACUCAUUUAUCUGCUAUGUUAAGGCUUGAGGGGUGGGAUGUGGACUCCCAGCUGUAUCUUGCUCUGGGGUUGGCAGGGAAGGACUGAUUCUCUCUUGGCUUGGAAAUAAACAGGCCAGUCUGGAUAGCCUCCAGCCCUGUGGCUGCAGAUUGAUGACUGAGACGUCCAGGGCUGUGACGAGAGGUUGGGGGAACUCAGCUGGGGAAGGCAGAGCACAGGGUGGUGGCUGAAUUGGAGCCAUUAUGCUGGGCCCAACUCUCUCUUCUGACCCUUAGGUUUUCUCAUUCUCCAAGUCCUUUCAAGGGGAGGGAGUAGAACUGAAGUCUGGUGAUAACAGACUGUGCCCCAAAGCAAAUCUCUGAGUCUCUGAACCUCAGUUUCUUCUUCUGUACAAUGGAUGUGAUAACCUACCUCAUGAGGCUGUUGUGGCAACUGGAGACAGUCGUGCAUUCAUUUAACAGGGAUCUGAGUGGCCACGAGAUAGCAGGCACUGUGCUUAGCGCGGAUAUACAGCCAUCAACACUGACACGCCUCUUACCCAUGGCAAGACUGUAGUCUCGUGGAGGAGAGAGAAUGGAAGGAACGCACGGAAACAGCCUCUAUUAUACAGAAUGCUAGGGAGGGGAGAAAACAGGGACUAGGAGAAUAACUGGAGGGUGGGGGAGAGGAGCGGAUUGACUUUGACUGGCUGGUCAAGGGGAGGCCUCUUGAAAGGGUGCCGUUCAUGUGAUUCCAACCAAGCAUCCAACAUGAAUCUGGUCCUCAGUAAUUGCUCAAUAAACUGCAUCUUGUGUGGCCCUA